CAUGGUCACGGUCAAACGAACGGGUGCGACGUGUUGUGAUGUCCGGCGGAGAAGAGCGAGCGCAUGAUUGGCGCGCCCAACGCCCACUUCAUUUAUAUGCUGCGACGGCUACUCGUGGUGAGCCUUGCCCUCGCUGUCAGCGGCGACGCGGCACCGUCGCCGGUCGGCGUCGACCCGGUCGCCGGUGCGUGCUCGCGAGUCGUGACACAGCAGCUCCGCGAUGGCCAAGCGCUGCGCACCGGCGUCUUUCUCGACUGCGCGAAUGUGCUACGCACGGCGACGGCCUUCGACAUUACGACGAGAGUGCAGUGGGCGACGUUCAUUCAAACCAGCAGCUGCCUCCACGCGGUGCGCAUCGUCCAGGGCAUGUACAAUGGCGUCGUGCCCCCGUGCUGGGUCUCGCCCGGCACGACGACGCAAGCCGUUGCGACCAUGUCUCUUGAAGCGUUUGGUACGGUCGUCUUGCGCCUACCGACGCCAUCGCCGUCGACGUCGAUGCCAAGUACACCGACAACCUCCACGGGGACACCGACACCGGUACCGUCGUCCGGUCGACCGCUGCCAACACCGCAUUGGCCGGACGCCAACAGCUCCUAUCCUGACCACGUUGUGCCGACGAUGCGCAACAAUAGCACCGACGACUACUCGCAAUACCGCCUCUACUUUGACGGCGCGUCGUCCGCGUCGAUCGAUGGCUCACUGUACGUGCUGCUCGCCGUUGCCGUCGACAUGCUCUUUUGGGACGUGUAGAGCUUCGCACCCACAUAUUUAAUGGCUUGUACUACCGUCUUCC